AUGGCCAACGCGCUAUGCGGCGGCAGCAGCAACGUGGCGGCGCCGUGCGGGGAAUUUGGCCCCGGGGCGGCGCUCGCGGAGUUUUUGCCGAUGGGCGCUGGGUACCGCGCCAAGAGCUCCUUCCCCGCCGGGAGGGUGGCGCUGGCGGACAGGCCCCUGCCCCGGAGCCUCCAAGUGGCGGCCGCUGCUGGACAGAUGAACGGGAACCUGACGAUUGGCAAGGCCAUGAGGUGGUGGGAGAAGGUGACGCACCCCAACAUGAGGGAGGUCGAGUCCGCGCAAGACCUCGCCGACUCCCUGCUCAACGCCGGCGACAAGCUCGUCGUCGUCGACUUCUUCUCCCCCGGCUGCGGUGGCUGCCGUGCGCUCCACCCCAAGAUUGCGCAGUUCGCUGAGCGGAACCCGGACGUGCUGUUCCUGCAAGUCAACUACGAGAAGCACAAGUCCAUGUGCUACAGCCUCCAUGUCCAUGUCCUCCCUUUCUUCAGGUUCUACAGGGGAGCCCAGGGAAGGGUCAGCAGCUUCAGCUGCACCAAUGCAACCAUCAAGAAGUUCAAGGACGCCCUCGCGAAGCACUCGCCGGACAGGUGCAGCCUCGGCCCGGCGCGGGGGCUCGAGGAGGCGGAGCUCUUGGCUCUGGCUGCAAACAGGGACCUGGAAUUCACCUACAACAACGAGAAGCCGUCGCUGGUGCCGAUCGCCGAGGCCAUCCAGAUGGAAGCUGCCUCCAUUGGCGGCCCAUGGAUGCCAUUGCCUGCGGCCGCGACGCAGCCGCUCGCUCUGGGAUCCGAGAACGGCUCGCUCAUCCCCUCUGGAAGAUAG